AUCCAUCUUUUCCACAGAAAUUGAAUGAGUUGAAACCUCAAUGACCAAACCAUACUCCUAUAAUAGUCGGCGCCAACACAAACUUACUCUUUCUACGUAACAUAACAUUUUCAAUGUGAAACAUUCCACAUAAUAAUAACAAAACACAUGAACCGUAUAUUCUUUUACUAAUAUUUAACGUAUAAUACCAAUUUAUUGCUUUCUUUUCUUGUAACAUCAAAUCUUCUACAUGUUUCCAAAACCACCAAUAAUAACAGUUGGCAAAUUUUAACAAAGCUGUUAUUAUUUCCACCGGAGCAUAUAACAAAGUUCAAUUAACAAAGUAGUGACCAUCGAGGAGGAACACAUAAAUAAACAACAAAAAACCUCCUUCGUAUUAUAAUAAAUAAAUUCUUAGUAUAUAGUAGUUUUUUCCAUCUUCUUUUCCUUCCCUAUCUAUCCUUCUUUUCUCUCCUUGUAUUGUUCAUCAUAACUUGGAUAUCCUUGUUUUGUUACAAGAUCAUUUUGUUGUUGAUCUUUUAUUUAUUUUUUGAGACACAUAUUUCUAAGUAUAGCAUAAUAACUUAGGUAACUCCUAUAGAAUAUUAUUUAGAAAAAUUUCUUUGUCAUGUCAGAAAAAAUGAAGGGCUCAAAUAAUCAAUAUACAUCAAAGAUUUUCAAUGUUCAACUUCACUUUAUUAGUUUUCUCACCUAUAGUCUAAUUUUGGUAUUUGGUUUAACACUUGGAAUAAUGAUAAGUUUCUAUCUCAAAGAGUGUACAUUUAGUCUACAAUUCACUCAGUUUUCUAUACCAAGAACACAACCUUUGUCGCCGCCGAUUGCUGUGAAACAAGAACGUGUUGGAUUGAAGGAUUUUCUUAAACCUCCUCCUAUUAUGCAUGAUAUGGAUGAUGAAGAAUUGUUAUGGAGAGCUUCUGUGGCUGCAAAAAUACCUGAUUACCCUUUUGAACGAAUUCCUAAGGUUGCUUUCAUGUUUUUGACAAAAGGUCCUGUGUUUUUGGCACCUUUGUGGGAACAGUUUUUUAAAGGACAUGAAGGGUAUUACUCUAUUUAUGUGCAUUCUAAUCCUUCUUAUAAUGGAUCACACCCUGAGAGUCCUGUUUUUCAUGGCAGAAGAAUUCCUAGUAAGGAAGUUCAAUGGGGAAAUGUUAACAUGAUUGAAGCGGAGCGUCGCUUACUAGCGAAUGCACUUCUCGAUAUCUCAAACCAACGAUUUGUUCUUGUAUCAGAAUCUUGCAUACCACUCUUCAACUUCUCAACAAUCUACUCUUACUUAAUAAACUCUACACAAAACUAUGUUAUGGCUUAUGAUGAUCCUAGCCCGGUUGGUCGCGGCCGUUAUAGCAUCCAGAUGUUACCUGAGGUUUCCCUCAAUCAAUGGAGAAAAGGGUUCCAAUGGUUUGAAAUGGACAGAGAUCUUGCUCUAGGAGUUGUAUCUGAUAGAAUAUACUUCCCAGUUUUUCAGCAGUAUUGCAAAGGUUCAUGUUAUGCAGAUGAACAUUACUUGCCAACUUUUGUUAGCAUAAAGUUUUGGGAAGGAAAUUCAAAUAGGAGUUUGACUUGGGUUGACUGGUCAAAAGGGGGUCCACAUCCAGCUCAUUUUUUAAGGUCUGAUGUUAAUGUUGAGUUUUUGGAGAGAUUGAGGAGCAAGAAAUGUGAGUAUAAUAAUGGAAACAGCACCAAUGCUUGUUAUCUGUUUGCUAGGAAGUUCUUGCCUAGUACAUUGUCAAAGCUCUUGAAGAUUGCACCUGAGGUUAUGCAUUUUGAACACUAUGAUAGGCCUAAAAAACAGAAACUUAUCACUAAAAUUUAAACCAAUUAAUUGAUUCAUUUUUUUUUUCAUCUUGUAAGAUUUUCAUUAUUCAGUGUAGUUAGACUUAGAUACACUGUCUCGUUUCAUGAAUAUAGUCAAUUCCUUUCUUUGA